CUGGCAGCGGGGUGCCCAGUCUGCUCCAGGGAGCCACGGAGAGGAGAGGAGGUGUCUGCUGCCUCAGGACCGGGUGCCUUGCCCCAGGGUCCCGGCUCUCAGGGAGGGGUCCCCACCUUCCAAGGGUUCUGAAUGUCCCUCCCCCUGGAGUGACACUGUCCCAGGAGCCCGGCACCGAGGGACCCUCAGCAGGGGCACCGCUCCCUGAAAGCUUGGCGUCCCUGGACAGCCCCCAAGGGACACCGCUUUGAGCAUCCGGCCAUGCGUCUGUGGAGCCCUGGCCUGUUCCUGCUGCUGGCUGGCCUGUCCCUGUCCCUGCCUGCAGCAGGGCGUCGGGGCAUCCAGGAGGUGCAGGCGCUGGUGGGUGACACCGUGAAGCUGAGCUGCAUACACCCGCUGGGACCCGGCGUCACGCUGGGCGACCUCUACCUGUACUGGCAGGCCGACGUGGGCGGCCGGACCAUAGCCGUGGCCUCCCACCUGGGGCUCGGCGGCUUGGGGGCCCCCGACCUCAUAUUCCAGAACCGCACGCGCCUGUCCGCCGAGGGCAUGAAGCGUGGUGACUUCUCGCUGCACCUGAGCGACGUGGGCCCCCAGGACCAGCUCACCUUCCAGUGUCUUCUCCUCAGGAAGUCGCAGAACAUGCAACCCCUGUUCAACGUCUCAGUGGACCUCAAGGUGGCAGCCCACUUCAGCCCGCCCGUGGUCACGUCGGAGGACGGCCCCGAGGACGGGGAGCUCACCUUCACCUGCACGUCUUCCGACGGCUUCCCCAAGCCGAGGCUGCACUGGGUCAACCGGACAGACGGCAGCCUGCUGCCCGGGGCCCUGACCAACUGCUCCCGGGACUCCCGCGGCCUCUACCACGUGCACAGCGUGUUACGUCUGCCCCGCACACCCAGCAUCCGCGUGGGCUGCUGUGUCGAGAACCUGUCACUGCAGCAGAACCUCAGCAGCCCCCCAGAGCCAGUGCUGUCCCCAUCCCCGAGCGGCAGCCCCAGCGGACAGUCCAGCGCCCUGCAGGGCAGCGGCGGCACCGUGUUCAGCGUCCUGGCCGUGCUGGUGGUGCUGGUGGCGGUGGCCGCGGGAUGGGCCUGCCGGAGCCAGUGUCCCCCGAGGAGGCGCUACACAGGUGCCCAGGAGGAGAGGCCGGUGCAGGAGCUCACAGCACCCCAGCUUCACCCCCCUUCCCUCCUCAGACCACGUCUGACAAAAUCCGCCCCCUGCACGGCCCAUGGACAGACUCUCGGCAGCCUGGGCUUUGAGAGGGACAGCUGGUCCCUGUGAGGACACCGGGCUCCCCCAGGAGACACGCCCAGCCCAGCCGGCAUCUAGCAGCCCGUGGUGGACAGCACCCACUGAGAAGAGACCAGGGAGUUUGGGGGCAGAGCCGGCACCCCUUCUCCCGGCUCCGAGAAAGGCCGGGAAGUGGCCGGACACCUGCCCCCACAGCAGGGGCUUCAGACGGAGCAGAGAGGUGCUUCCUGGUGCCCUGCGUCCGUCCCUCACCUGCCCCCAGAGCCCGCACCCCAACACCAUCAGCCCCGGAGUCCCCAGGCUUCAGGACGGGCCGGGACCCCAGGCCACACAGAAGACGCCACGUUGUUGCUGGGACGGAGCUGCUGGGUGAUUCCAGAAGGUUCCGCAGAGGACGCGUCCGGCCGGUGACUGAGCUCGGCUCGUGGGACCCAGUGGCAUCCUUGUGCAAAAUUCUGCACCUGCUGUUGGAGCCGAGCCGCCAGGGUUUUAUCACAAAAGCAUUAGAAGGCGGCUUCGCUGAAACUGAGGCGAGGUGGCCCCCAGCCCCAGGGGAGGGGGCAGAGGGCUGGGCAGGCACCUGGGGUGCAGGGAGGGGGGCAGUGCCUGCUAGCGCUUGGACUCUGCUGCCCGCAAGCCAAGGGGGUCGUCCCUGCCCAGGGGGUUCCGCGAGACGCUCAGGAGACCCGUCGGCUCCAGGCUCCCAUGUCCAGAGCCGGAGCUCCAUCCCCACGGCUGCCCGUCCAUGGGGCGCCCCAGCCCCCGUCCGCAGGCUCCCUGCCGCCACACUUGGGGGGUCCUCUGCGUGUCUCCCCACGGUCCGGUGCCCCCCUUGCCCGUGGACUUGGUGGGGGCGUGCGUCUGCGGCUCAGCUGCCCUGGGGGGCGCUCUGGUCUUUGGGGUCACACCCGGCCAUUGCUGGGCACUGGCGUCUGACUUCCAGAAUAAACCGCGCUGGUCCA